UCUGACUUUUAUUUUCUGUUCUUUCACAUAAUUGCAGGAUUACUCAGGCUUGGAAACGGAAUAUGUUCUGAAGAAUACUCGGUAAUGGAAACAUUAAGGAAAAUAAACCAGGAGCAUGCCGUGCUAGAGGUUACCAAUGUGCAAACUUACGACUACUAGAAGAGCCAAUGGAAACGGGACGAUAAGAUAAUGCCUAUAGCAGCUCAUUGAAAGAUGACAUUCUACAAUGACAUUUAUCCAUUUUACCCUCAACAAAGGACGCCCUUCAUCUUCAACCUCAGCCAGCUCAUAGUCAUUCUGGUGUUUUUAGUCCUUGCUUGCAGUUUCCUUGUUAUACUACCUGGAAUCCGAGGGAAAGGGAGGCUGUUUUGGAUGUUCAGAAUUGUCCUCAGUCUUUUCAUUGGUGUGGUCACUGUUGCUGUCAAUUUUACAAGUGACUGGGCGACUGGCUAUAUUAAAACAAACACAACUUAUAAGUCAUUCAGCAAUGCCAUGGUUAGUGCUGAGAUCGGACUACAUGUGGGGUUUGAUGGGAUCAAUGUAACACUUAAAGGCAAUCCAGUGAGGCAACUAAAUGAAACUAUAAACUACAAUGAAAUGUUCCAGUGGACGGAGGACUAUGAGGAGGACUAUGUUAAAGCUCUAGAGAGAGGUCUUCCCAACCCAAUCCUGUACAUUGCAGAGAAGUUCACUCAAGACAGCCCCUGUGGUCUAUUAUUCCAAUACAAGUACUCGGGACAGUACGCAUCAGCUACCAUGUGGACGGCAUUCUGCUGUUGGCUCAUCUCCAACGUUCUCUUCUCCAUGCCAGUUAUUUUGUAUGGGGGCUAUAUGAUAGUGACAACAGGAGCAUUCAUCAUCUUUUCAUUGAUUUCCUUUGCCACGAUCCACAAUGUACCGUAUUGCACUAUCAGUUUGGGCACCGUGUCGCUGGAGACUGUCUUUGGCGGAUCUUUCUGGCUGUCACUAGUAACAGGGAUUCUGUGCAUUCUCAUUGGAGGAGCCGUGAUUCUGAUGGACGUCUUCAUUCCGCAGAAGUUAAAGAUUUUAUUUACAACGAAUGAAGGGGACGAGGAUGAUGACACCCACAUCACUGAAUGCUACCUUAAUGAAAGCUUUCUGGAAAAGGAUAACGUGUUACCAUUGAGAGAUGUAAGAGUGUCUGUACCACUUUAGCUAUGGAAGAUUUCACUCAACGCAUGCAGCUUGACUUAAAGAAGAGCCCAACCUGAAUACAUUUCUUAAUUGCACAAGAUGACUAGUAAUGCGUCUUGUUUUGUUAAAAUGCUGGGAAAACUGUUCUAUGAAGCUCCACAUUUAAGUCUCAUCAGAAGAAAAAGAACGCCAUUCAGUCUGCAGGGCUAAAGGAAUGGACUCCUGCAUUAUUGUGGACUGCCUCGGCAUUCAAUAACAGGAGGCCACGCCUUCGUUACAAUUGUGGCUCUGUGGCCAGCAGGAGGCGCUCUGCUGUACUGCUACUGUAUAUGUGUGUAAAAGAAAAGAGUAUAAAAAGAAAUAUCUUUAUUAAGAAGAAUAGGGCUGUAUUUAAAAUACAGGUCAUUUUUAUUUAGUUAUAUUUUAAAUGAUAAAUAAUUAAUUAAUAAAAUUGUUCAGGCAAUUCAGUUAUAUAUGUUGUUGUUGUUGUUGUUGUUAUCCACAAGUCCUGUGUAGACACAAAGUGAUCAUGAAGAACAGGCAAAGGCAAUACAAACU